GCUUUCAAGCAGCCGAGAUGCCGAAAGCGGCGCAGCGGCCCGAUCGUUAGCCGUACAAUUAGUCAUUGCUCGUGAUGGCUUCCUCUAAAGCGUACAUUCUUCUGGAACCCGUCUUUCAGCACAGUAAGCUGAGGGUACUUGAAAAUGGCUUUACGGACGUCUCAAGCGCUGGUGAAGCGCUCGGCUGACCAGGCACUCAUGCCACCGCCACCAACGCGGCGGAUAAAGCGUCCUAAGAAUGUAUUGAAGGAAGAUGUCUACUCAGAUGCGCUCUCUCACAUCAUAGCCCGUGACUUUUACCCUGGGCUUCUUGAAACCGAGGCGCAGCAAGAGUAUCUUUCCGCGUUGGACUCAAAUAACAACGAAUGGAUAAGAGAAGCAAGCCGGCGCUUAACGCAAGUUAUGACUCCAGGGCCUGACGGCCGGCGGAAGAUGAUGCCGUUCACACCACGAAGGACAGCGGCAAUGCUGAGCGAGACUCCGAGAGGAUAUACGGGUGGAACCCCUUCGCGCACUCCGGUCGACGUUGAUCACUUUACGCCCGAAGAGGAACGGCCGAAUGUAAAUGUCAACAUGAGCCUGGCAUCUUUCCAGGGGAAAUACACCUCGGAAGACAACGAGAGCUUCUACGGCGUACUUGAUAAGCAGAAUCAGAGACGAGCAAACAAGUACGCAUUCUUCCACCACGGCAAUAAGAUACCGACUGCCCGGCAAAUUGCGCAUAGGGCGCGGGAGCAGAAGCUUAUUGAAGAUGGCAAACGACCCAGCAUUUCGACGGCUCUGGUGACUACGAACGCUGGAGGCGAAGAACGACUGGCUAUAGCUCAUGCUCGGCCGUCAGAGGAUCUUGAUGCACGGCCUGCAUCUCUGGACGGGUUCCGUAACAGUGAAGGUCCACGCAACCACUUCAUGUUUGGUCCUGAAAGCGUUGAAGACAGUAUGAGCACACGAGCUCAAGAAGCUGAGCAAGCGAGUAACGCACCUCCUAAAAGUGUCACUUACACUGCAACCCGCUUCCAAACGGACCGCCUUCCGGCCGAGGGCGCGGUGCCUCCCAGUCCAAGCAUCAGCGCAAUCGAUGCCGCGAUCGCCGGCCGUCCCAAGCCCACUGAAUCGGAGGCAGGAUAUAGCGGCGCGGAGACACCACGAGUAAACGGUUACGCAUUUGUAGACGCUGAACCCACGCCAUCCGAGCUAGGCAUACCCGUGACAGACGAAGAGGCCGAUGCAGCCGAACGCGAGGCAGCAAUGGCAUUACUCCCGAAGAUUGAAGAGGGCAAGCCCAACCCUUUUCAUGUUAGCGAGCGAAGUAAGCGUGAAGAGCUUCAUCAUAGGUUGGUGGAGAAAGCGGACGCUGGAAGGCGGAGGGGUGGCCGCAUGGAGCAGCUAAGAAGUUUGGGUAUCACGCCCGGAGGAACGCCAACGCCACGGUUUUCGAGCGCGCCGAAUACGAAGAAACAAAGGAUUAUGACGCCGGCGGCACGGAUGCUGGCGGCAAGCCUGGGAACGCCGAAGAAAGAGCGAAGUGGGUUCGAUGAGGAUCGCGACAACCAGAAGGCGACGCCGAAAGUGAAGCGGAUGGCGUAAGGCGAGAGACUGCUUGUCUUCAGGACCAAUGCGUGUCGCCUUCUUCUCGUCCGGUCUACGGUGCCAGAUACCCUACCCUCGGGCUCUGAUGCAAGUAUACAUAUAUACAUGCAGGCAAGCAACUCCAGGCUAUCGAUAAGGUCGAGCUCCUGGACUGCAGAAAAGCCACUGUAGGGCGGCCCGACCGAACUUCACUCGGCGGCUCGGGAGUGGAGUGGCACCCGCCUCAAGCGGAGAUCUUGGAGCGA